GCAGCAGCUCCUCAGUGCGCACGGCUGCGCGUCGCACCGCUCGGCCUGCUGGUUAAUAUGGAAUAUCUGCACCGAUCCACCGGCCAAAACCGUUUGCACCGGCGGAAAAAAGGAGCCCUGCAGUAGCGCAAAUUAGAAAAACAGCUCGUUUCGCCGGUUUCUUUAUGGCUUCUGGCUCCGGAGAUGAAGAGGGAAACACGGAGGGCGGUUCGUGGAGGCUCAUAGGCCCGGCCUCGGAGCUCUCCAAGAAGCGCUGCCGCUUGAUGCACUCCUCUCUCGGCUACGACUCUGAUGUGUGUCUCUUCUACGUGAAGGGGGACUUCUUUGCCAUGGAUGCUCGAUGUUCACACUCCGGUGGUCCUCUGUGUGAGGGGGACAUAGAGGAGGCUGACGGAGUCCUACAAGUCUUCUGUCCCUGGCACGACUAUGACUUUGACCUCAGGACUGGGAAGUCAGGGACAUCGCUACAGCAACAAGUGUAUGAAGUCAAGCUGGAGGACGGCAAAGUGUACGUGAAGCACCCGAGUCGUCUCUCCUUGCAGCCUUUUCCUGCAGACCAAAAAAGCUGAGCGACCUCGGCUGCCGCUUCCUCGUCCUCCUCCUCCUCCGAGCCCUUUGUGAGACCUGCACACGGCUAUUUUUAAGACCUGUUCCACAAACCCAAGCCAUCCGAAAACAUUCCUAAAGCCUUAUCUUUCGUGUUCUCGAGCUGUUUUUUUUUACUUUGAUCAUUGUGAACUCAGGACCGUAUCGAGGAGAUUGUCUGAAGAGGACAUGACAUCAUGAAAUUGUUUUUCUUGAGUUUUUUCUUGCCUGCAUUCCAGAUGCAGAGUCAUCACUGGCACUGAACGUGGAGACUUUGAUAACACACUGGACAGUAGCUAAUAGGCAACACAAAAACACAAAAUUUGGCAGCAUAGAAGUUAUUUUCCGAUAUAAUUCCUAAAGCAGUUUUGUUAUAUAUGCAAGCAAAUCAUUUCUCUUCGGCGAAUGCUCACAAAUGUCUCUAAUCAAAAUGUGAAAUUAUGAUUUGCAAAACACAGUCUAGAAUAGCUCUUUUGGGGGGGAUAUCAAGUGCAGCCAGUAAUGAAGCCUUUGUGUUUUGCAGACAUGGCAGAAGUAUUAUUUAUUACAAUAUGUGCAAAAUGCAGCACUAACCGAGGGAGUUAUAAAUGCACCCUAAAUGGAGUAAAAAUUUAACAUCAUCUUUAUGUUGUCACAAGAUGCCAAUCAUUUAUUGUGGCAUGUUUGUAAUUCUGAGAGCCAGACAAACGGGGAAUUGGAAUAAGCAGCGCAGGUUUCCUUUUUAUAAAGCACACAUUUGUUUGCAAUGACAGUUUCUUUCAAAGACACAACUAAGCUGCACUGUCCCGCGUUCUUGUUCCGAUCCACCGAUGAUGCUUUUCCUAUCCUCAACAAACAUCACCUGCAGUCCCACAGUGACAGACGGACUUGUUGAGUUGUGGCUUUGGAUAAGUUUAAACACUUUAUUCCAGUGAAGUCAUACAGUAGAAACUCCCUUUGAGUAUUUGUCCCUCGACUGUUUUUUAACCCAAUUAGAACACACAUGAAGGACACUGCGGCUACGAUUAGUGGCAGUUCCAGUUCUAAGACGUCCCCAUCAGCAUUUCUCUCCAUUCCUGGACUUUGCACAGACAGGUUUGUCUGCUGCUGACGCAAUGGGAUUUAAGAGGCACGGUUUGUAAGGCGCCGGAGGAAGGUUCACGACCUGAAAUGCACCAUUGACUGAAGAAAAAUGUGUUUUUCUAGCUCUGUGUGUGUGUGUGUGUGUGUGUGUGUGUGUGUGUGUGUCCGAUGCAAGAGUGUUUUCUUUAUUCCUUAGUGGCGAGAGCAGUCACUCACUAUAUUUUCUGUCAACUCCGUUUUCUGGCAGAUGCACAGAGGCCAGUCAUGAAGGUGUCAAUGACAGUGUGGCUCAACACCCUCCGGUUUUCCUCCCUACUGUGCUGCCCGUUGUGCAACUUUAUUACAAUAAUAAUUCCACUGGCUAAAAAUGUGUUUUGUGUGCACCAGAGGUAUUGCUUUGUUGCGUUAUGACUCAUCACCUGGAGGGUAAUGAGCACGCUCAGUGGAGAUGUGACUGCUUUGUGUCAGGAGAGAAAAGUCAAAGUAAACAUUGUCUGCAACUCUGCAGGAGUGGUUUUUACAUUUUUACAUGUUGACAUGACAUCCCUCGAGUCUCCUAAAAACGCUGAUGGAAAACAGCGUUCUUGUCAGGUUUUUGUUGUAUGUUUCCUAAAGUCUAUUUUAUAUCCUUUGCUAAUUUUGAUGUAUUUUGUCUUUCGCAUGUGCAUCUGGCCUUUAGGUUGAGGGCAGACUGCGUAUGCAACCUAUCUGCUGUAAGGUGAUUUGUUCGUGGUAAACUUGUGACUUAUGCAAAAAUUCUGUUUAUCUGUACUGUUUAAUUCAUAAAUUAUUCUGUUAAUGUC